UAAAGCAGCGGCCGGAGGGGACCCGGGUCCACGCAGUCGCCACCUGGCUCAGCGGGACGGCAGCCGGGCAGCUCAGCUCGCCUCGCCUCGUCACAUCAGAGUCCUCAGCAGGGCUCAGGAGACUUCACAGCCUGAAGGAGAUUUCAUUGCUGCCUGAAAGUGCUGGGGAUGAAGCUGGGGCUCACCUGCCUGCUGUGGCUGCUGCUGCUCUGCCUGACCCUGCCCGCAACCCACGGCCGCGUUCUCCAGCGCUCCAUGGAAAUCAGGAGUAAGGAGAACAUGAACCCGGACAUCGACCCCUCGUGGUACACGGGCCGCGGGAUCCGGCCCGUGGGGAGGUUUGGGAGGAGACAAGCCCUGCCUGGGAGCACCCAGCAGCGGGGCUGUGCAGCCCCACACCCCGACCCUCCCCGGCUGGAGCUGAACCCCUAAACUGGAGCUGACAAUAAAAUCCCUUCUCCUCUCA